AAACCUCUUUCCGUUUCUUCACUUCACUGAGUUCACUCCUUUAAUUCUUCUUCUCCUCCUCUCUCCCAGCAGCUUCUAUAUAGUAUUUCUGCUCUAAUUGCUUAAUUUGUGUCUGUCUCUAAUCCUAUCACAAGAGAAAGAUAAAAGUGAUUGGUUUGAGGCGUCGUUGUUGAAAUGAUCUGGGGAAUUAUUCGACGCAAACUCGCUUCGUCUCAGUCAGUCUCGCGAAUUAAGCAUCCGGCGAUAAGGCCGAGAGGUUACGGCCAAAACGAGCUUCUGAGCAAUGGUAAGGGGUGUCGGCGUGCCGUCGGCAGCCUUAGUUAUUGCACUACCUUAGGGAGCCAAUGUUGUCGUGCAUAUUCGAAUAAGCAGAGGAGGGAAAUUACUGCAAUGCUUCGACCAGAAUAUUUUAUUCCAUUGAGGAGUAGAUCAUUUUCUUCAGAUACUGGAGAUCUGGUUGAUGCAGUUGUCCCUUUCAUGGGUGAAUCUAUUACUGAUGGCACCUUGGCGAAAUUCUUGAAAAAUCCUGGUGACAGGGUUGAAGUUGAUGAGCCCAUUGCUCAGAUUGAAACUGACAAGGUGACAAUUGAUGUGGCUAGUCCUGAAGCCGGCACCAUUCAAAAGCUUGUAGCCAAGGAAGGUGAAACUGUGGAACCGGGUACCAAAAUUGCUGUUAUUUCAAAAUCAGGUGAAUGUGUACCACAAGCUGCUCCGCCCUCACAAGAAAAGACUGCUUCUCAGCCCCCGCCCCCAGCAGAAAAAGAGAGUGUAGGAAAAGGAACGACUAAGACUGAAACUUCCUCCCUCAAAGGAAAGGAAAAAACACUGUUUCCACCACAACCUGCAGCCAGAGCUCCUUCAUCACCUCCUAAACCUUCAGAACCGCAACUUCCACCUAAGGAAAGAGAAAGAAGAGUUCCCAUGACAAGGCUGAGGAAACGGGUUGCAACACGGUUGAAAGAUUCGCAAAAUACAUUUGCAAUGCUGACCACAUUCAAUGAGGUUGAUAUGACUAAUUUGAUGAAGCUUCGUUCAGAUUAUAAGGAUGCAUUUGUUGAAAAACAUGGAGUGAAGUUUGGAUUUAUGUCAGGAUUUGUCAAGGCUGCUGUUAGUGCACUUCAGUAUCAGCCAGUUGUCAAUGCUGUAAUUGAUGGAGAUGAUAUCAUAUACAGAGACUACAUUGAUAUAAGCAUUGCCGUUGGCACUCCGAAGGGCCUUGUUGUUCCUGUUAUCCGCAAUUCUGAUCAAAUGAACUUUGCUGAGAUAGAGAAGAACAUCAACACUCUAGCUAAGAAAGCAACUGCUGGUACCAUAUCAAUUGACGAGAUGGCUGGAGGUACUUUCACAAUAUCUAAUGGCGGGGUUUAUGGAAGCCUUUUGAGCAUGCCAAUUAUCAACCCUCCUCAGUCUGCUAUUUUGGGCAUGCACUCCAUAGUCACCCGGCCAAUGGUUGUUGGGGGCAACAUAGUCCCAAGGCCAAUGAUGUACAUUGCAUUGACAUAUGAUCAUCGACUGAUAGAUGGAAGGGAGGCUGUUUAUUUCUUACGCCGCAUCAAAGAUGUUGUGGAGGACCCUCGUAGGCUUCUUCUUGAUGUAUGAGAAGCCGCAUUUGGUAUAGUUUUAUUUUUUAUAUACGAAUAAGUUUCUAAGAUGGAACUUUAUAGGGAGUCUACGGAUCUGUCACUUCUGCAAGUUCUUUCUUUGUUUUUUGGUUUUUUGGCGUUACGCAAGUUCUUCAAUUGCUGGAUCCAUACUGUGUCCCAACAAGAGGCCUUACUGCAUUUACUUUUAUUGGUGUGCGUGGUGGAUAAAUGCUACGUUGCUGGGAACUUUCUUCAGUAUCUUGUGAAGCCUUUGAAUUUUAUAAUUUAUUGUAGAGAUUGUUCUAUAAA